AUGGACUGGACUCAGGUGUCUAGGUCAUUGCACAUCCUGAGCAUGCUGGGCACCACCAGGUGCUCACCUCUUUCCUGCUGUGUAUCUCCACUACCAUUCAUUAAAAUGUUGAAUCCGCAACACAAAGCACGGCUGGAGCGCCGGAUCGUUGGCUCCACCAACCGGUGGCGCUUGCCUCAGGAGCCUUUCUUUGGGGACCUGCUGGCACUUCCCCAGAUGUGCCAGGCUUUGGGCAUCGACAUUGAGGAAACUCUGAAGAACCCAGAAAGGUUACGUAUUCCAAAAAUCCAGAAAAUUUUCACUGAGAAUUUGAAGGACAAGGCCAGCCAAAACGGGGAAGCAGACGUGACUCUCGAAUGCCUCGGCUUCAAGUGGGAACUCCACCAGCCCCAGCUGUUCCAGUCGGAGACCUUGACCAAGCUGUACUUGGCCGCCCUGGGCCGGGGAGGUCCAAGCCCCCGCCGAGCUCUGUUGCCAGGGAAGGUCCAAGAACGCAACCGUGUCAAGAGGAUGAUCAUUUCCCUGAAGAUCAACGAUCCAGCGGUCACCAGAGCUGCCUUCGCCACGGCUCUGAAGAACCUCUACCUGAAGGAUGAGGAGAUGAACGUGGAAGAAGUCCUGGGCGUGCUGGCCUCCGCCCACGUCCUGCAGUUCAGCCGCCUGUUCAAGAGAUGUGUGGUCACGAUGAUGAAUGGACUCGGGCCAAGCACCAUCAAGAACUUCUACCUGGCUGGCCACAGGUACAAGGAAGAGCAGCUCACGACCGCUUGCGAGAGGUGGCUGGAAAUGAACUUGGUCCCUCUGAUGGCGACACAGAUCCAUCUUCGGCAUAUCCCUCAGGAGCUGCUCCAAAAGGUGCUGAGGUCCCCCAGGUUGUUCACCUUCAGCGAGUUUCAUCUUCUGAAAACUUUACUCAUGUGGGCCUACCUGCAGCUCAACAGCAAGAUCCAGGCCAUCCCCAUCCACGAGACCAUGCUGACGUUUUUCAACAGCUUUCCCAAGAAGUGCUGCUUUCUGGACCGAGACAUAGGACAGAGCUGGCUGCCGCUCUUCCUUUGCUUGCGUCUGCACAGCAUCACUAGCGGUAAGGAUCUGGAGGAGUUAAGGCACAUAAACUUCUUUCCCGAGUCCUGGCUGAUCCGGGUUACAGCCAACCAUUACCACGCACUGGAGAGCGGAGGUGACAUGGCCCACCUGAAAGAUCUGACCACCCAGGCUGUGAGAUUUGGGCUGCUUUUUGACCAGGAGAACACCACUCAUUCAAAGAUGAUUUCUAUAUAUGGAUUCUUCUUUGAGAUAAAGGGAAUCAAACAUGACACUACCUCUUACAGUUUUUACAUGCAGAGAAUAAGGCACACAGACUUGGAUUCCCCCUCUACCAUCUGCGAGCACAGCGCCGUCAGCCUGAAGUCAGAGCGUCUGGUGAAGUAUGAGAUCCGAGCCCAGACCCUGGUGGAAGGCAGGUGGCAGGAGUUCAGCACUAACCAGAUCACACAGAAGUUCGGCUUCGUCCAGCCGUGCUGCAAAAGCCACGCCCUGAAAAUCCAAACUGUGGGCAUCCCAAUCUAUGCAAGUUUUGCAUUCAUCUUCCCACUAUCUUGA